CCGUCAUCAGUCCUCAGUCGGGGGCACAGUAGUCAGCAGAAGUGAUGGAGUGUCAGGACGCACUUGUUUCCUUCCUGAGCUGGACUCUGAUUAUCGGGGGCGCGGCUUACCUGCUCAGACAGAGGUACACACGCACGCCGUACGGCCGCUACGCGCCGACGACGGUUCGUUGUUGCUGUUCGGCCAGACUGGGCUGGUUCCUGCAGGAAGUCCCGGCCUUUCUGCUGCCGCUGCUGCUGCUGCUGCUCACCGACGAGCCGGGGACGACCGGGGACGGGACCGGGAGGGCGCUGCUGCUCUGCACCUUCAUGCUGCACUACUUCCACAGGAGCUUUAUCUAUGCCCUCCUGACCAGAGGACGCCCCAUCCCGCUGAACAUCGUCAUCUUUGCCACCAUCUUCUGCUCCCUCAAUGGCUUCCUGCAGGGACACCACCUGCUGCACUGCGUCCAGUUUGAAGACAGCUGGCUGACCGAGGCUCGUCUGGCUGCAGGUCUCCUGUUGUUUGUGGUCGGUAUGAUCAUCAACAUCCACAGCGACCACAUCCUGCGCGGCCUGAGACGACCCGGGGAGACCGUCUACAGGAUCCCGCACGGGGGAAUGUUUGAGUUUGUGUCCGGCGCAAACUUCUUCGGGGAGAUCGUGGAGUGGUGUGGGUAUGCUGUGGCCACCUGGUCUUUACCCACCUUCGCCUUCGCCUUCUUCACUGUGUGCUCCAUCGGGCCCAGAGCCUACCACCAUCACAGAGACUACCAGCAGAAGUUAGAGGACUACCCUCGCUCCAGGAAAGCUCUCAUUCCUUUCAUACUGUGACAAUGGAAGAGUGUCACGCCUCAUCAUCAUCAUCAUCAUCAUCAUCAUCAUCAGCCCAGCAGCAGUGUUUCACUCUGCAGCUGGGCUGAUUGAUGCACUGAGUAACAAAGUACAUUUACUCAAGUUUUGUUCUUCAACAUGAUUAUGAGCUAUUUUUUUCAUCUCAUGCUGCGUCACGUUCAGCUUUAGUUACAGAAUCAGAUUAUGAAUGAAUCAAUAGUUAUUGAUGAUGUGUCGGUAUAGAUUAAAUGUAUAAGUCAUUAAAAUGAGCUCCACCUUUACCUGCUGUGAGUCGAGACACGACAGGUCAAAACAGACCUAGCGGGCACGCAAUCGACUGUCAGCGCUGAAAUGUGGUUGAAACCAGGCCUGACUCCUAUCUGACUGCUGGGCGUGGAACACUUCCUGUGUUGUAAUGAUUUAGUACAAAACUGGGACUCAGUUUUGGAGGACAACACAAAACACCAAGGGCAGUUUAUCAAAUCCAAAUCUUUACUGAGGAGGUCAGGGGUCAAACGUGUGACGAUAGAAAACUCAGUUCAGGGAAAUCACACAAAAGCCAAAGUCCAUCAAUCCAAGUCAAACAGCAGGGAAUCAAACACGAGGACAAGGCUGGACAGCGUGAACACACCGAGGCGACAAUGACACUCUGAAACACUGGGCCUUAAAUACACGAUGGCUGAUUACUAACUACCAGUGCUGCGACGUGUCACAGUAAUAAUAUUACUUUUUCCAGUGUAGUGUAACUAAUUACUAAUGCAAGUUCAGUAAUAUAACAGUUACCCCAAAAAUCAAAGAACUUUUUGUUACUUUUGUUUUCACGUCUCUGCUGACUUGAAAUACAAUCAGCGCACGUCAUAAAGCAGCACGCUAGUUGGAAACGGUUUUUACGCUGGCGGCUGGAAAUAUUCUCAUUACUUGAUGACAAGAACUCUGUAGCUGCAGCUAAUCGGACUAAAACUCUUUCAUCAUCAUCAUCGUGACGUCCCUAUGAGGGAAUUUUACCCCGUUCACCCUUAAAGUGAUGAACACAUGAAUGCAUCAAUAAUUAUAAUCCAAUACAGUGAAUAUUAUUCUGCAUAAUAAGCACUUUUACUGGCAUAUAUUUGAAUACUUUUGUUCUUCUGCUUUAAUAAUAUUUUAUACGCAGGAUGUGAAAGAGUAUUUCUGCUCUGUGGUAUUAGUACUUUCACUGCAGUAACAGAUCUGAGUACUUCCUCCACCCCUGCACAAAUGUUUUCAGAAUAUAUUUUAUUAUAUGUAAUAAAAUCUAAUUUUCCUUCA